GUUUUUCUUUACCUUGUCUGAAGGCCAGUAGAAAAACUGCCUGUAACAGGGAAAAAGGCAAAAACAUGUAGCGCCAUAAAAACUAUUAUUUUUUAAUGUGAGCUUUUGUGUACAACUGCCAAGUACUAGUGAUACGGCUUCUUCGCUGACCCGUGGCAUCACUGGUCUCUAGAAUCAAACGAGUUUCGAAUCUAUUCUCUCUCUCCUUCCUUGGUGCUGCAAAACAGAAAAUAAAGAUUACUCGGUUGAAAAAAAAAAGGCAAGAAAACACUACAUGAAUUAUCUACGCCUCCUUUCAACGAAGCGGAACAGAAUACUGUAGUCGGAUCAACUUUCACAAUAGAAGUUCAAAUUUCCCUGCAGAAGCAAUGGGACAGAGUUCGAUAGCCACGUGCCUCAGUUUAGCCGGCCUCUAUAAACGUCAUAAAUCGGCGCUGCAAAGCCUUCUAAGGCCGAAAUCGGGAGCUACGCGCCUGCGUAAGAGACAGACUUAUGGACACCCAGAAGGAUGCACCUCCUCCAAAGCAGCAACCUAUGAUAUAUAUCUGUGGAGCCUCCACAGACCAUUUACCACAACCUCACGUGGGAGGAAUCAUCAGGUACCGUCUUCUAUUCAAGGGUUCUAACUGGUUUUCAGUGUUUGUUUCUGAGGGCAUCACUGUAUUUUUUAGAUAUUCUAAGGUGCUUUGAGGAUAGCCAAACAGUAGUACAUAAAUCCCUUAAAUAAAUAAUACUGCACUCUGAUGCAGUUCAAAGAGCUAUGAUUCGGACUAACUAAAACUUAAAGAAUUCUAGAAAAUCUUAGUUUCCAAAAUAUAAGAGGAUAGAUUUUUACUUGAUUGAUUUUUCUAAAAUGAUAGCAUGUUUCCCCGAAAAUAAGACAAGGUCUUAUAUUACUUUUUGCUCCAAAAACCCAG